CGCGUAUGGCGAAGUCUCCAAAAGUAUUGCAUCAUUACAAGCAGAAACUGUUUUCACGGUACCCAGCAUGUCAUAAACAAGAUUUUAGUCUUCCCUGUACAGAGCCUGGUAACACGCUGCCUGCAACGUGACAACUUAGGAAAGUCACAAUGUAAUUGGUUGGAAGAACUGUAGAAGCAGUUGCCGACAUACUGACGUCGAAUUUGUUGUGAUGUUGAUUAUUUACAUUUGAAGAGCAAGUGCGAAGCAAAAUAGCUGAAGAAAAUUAUUACACUUAAUAGAAUUUCAGAGAGUCUAUAUGUGCCAUUUAUGGUUUCAAGUUUGUUGUUCGCACUUAGUUCAGUUGUUUAUUCGCCAUUGAACGUUAUGAUCUGAUGUGUCAAGGUGUUGAGAGGCAGUAGAUCUGAUAAUUUCGUUCCAAACAUAAUUCAGGAUGCAUUCUAUUGAAGAACUUGGGACAAACGUUCCCGCAUUCCUAGCAAAAUUAUGGAAAAUGGUUGAAGACCCUCAGACGAAUGACCUAAUAAGUUGGAGUUCGACUGGCACAAGUUUCUUUAUACGCGACCAGGCUCGAUUUGCUCGAGAACUGUUACCUUUGUACUAUAAACAUAACAAUAUGGCUAGCUUUGUUCGGCAGUUGAACAUGUAUGGUUUCCAUAAAGUUGUGUCAAUUGAAAGUGGUGGUUUGAAAGUUGAUAAAGACGAAAUGGAAUUUGCACAUCAGUGUUUCCUAAUGGGUCAUCCUUACCUGUUGGAGCACAUUAAAAGGAAGAUACCUGUUAACAAAACAGAAGAUGGCCGUGCGGGAACAAAGCCAGAACUUGUAAAUAAGGUUUUAAAUGAAGUUAAAAAUAUGAAAGGACGUCAGGACACUUUGGAUUCUCAACUUGCUGCAAUGAAAAGAGAAAAUGAAGUUCUGUGGAGGGAAGUGGCUGUAUUAAGACAAAAACACAUGAAACAGCAACAAAUUGUGAACAAGUUAAUUCAGUUCCUCGUAUCAAUGGUGCAGUCAUCACGAAAUGGAGGCAUUGGAGUGAAGAGGCAUUACCCCCUUAUGCUCAAUGAUAUUACAAAUCGACCAAGCAAGUCACCCAAGCUGAGUGAAGACACUUCAGAAAUGAAUUCUGUUACAGAUAAUCACUCUCCUACUGGGCCAGUCAUUCAUGAAUUAGAUCCAACAGAACUGCUGGACGACUGUGGAACAGUUACGGAAGAGGUGCCUAAUAAUGAUUUCCUAGCAUCAAAUCUAUGCAGUGCUGAAAUUGGUGAAGUGCGUAGUCCAGCAUCUCCUGCAGAGAAAACUCAGAACACGAGAAACUCUACAUUGGAAGACCCUGAUGUACUGUUAGAACUGGCUGAAGAAUAUCCAUUAAAUCCAGAAAUUCUGAUAUCAGUUUCUGAAACAGAUAAUUUGACAGAAAAUGCAUCAAAAACACAGAAAUCAAAAGUGAAAAUAGAAAGUUCAAAGGCAAAGAAGCGCAAAAGUAAACUGCUGAAUAAUCUUAAACAUAAAACUGUACCUCAGAAGAAAUAUCAACUUGACAGGUCCGUUACACUGGAGAGAGUUAAUGACAAAGUAAACACCUACGUAUAUGAAAAUAGUGGGAAGACAAUACCAAAAAGUGGAACAGAUGACAUUGAGAUAUCAUUGGUGGCUGCAAAUGAUGCUGCUAUUUCUGCUAUUAGUAAUGCAGCAGCUGCUGCUGCAGCAGUAGGAAAGACUGAGACUGAUACAUUAGGUUCAUCAGAUUGCAAAACAUUUGUUCCAAGUGAGCCUUUGAAUAUUGACAAAGUACCACCAUCCAGUGCUUCAAAUGGAGAAGCGAACUUGACUCUUGCAUGUGCUGGCAACAAUGCAUCUGAGAAUUUUAUUAACAGAGAAGAACUGGACUCCCAUCUGGAUUCAAUGCAGAAUGAUCUGGAUGGUCUGAAGGAGUUACUGAAAGGUGAAGGCUACAGUUUGGAUGCCAACACCCUUCUGGGGGUACGUCAAACCGUGCUUGGCCUUGAAAAAGAUGCCAUGCUAAAGCUAUUUGGAGGAGAUGACCUUAUUUCGUAUGGUAUUCAUCUAGCUCCAGGACCAGAAGGUGAACAAAAACGUAAAGAUAACAAUGUGGCUGAUCCACUCGUUUCAGGAAGUGAGUUAAUGACAUAUCCUGGGGACAUUUUAGACUUUUCUGAUAUGUGCCAGAGUUCAGAGGAAGAAUGGAUUUUACCUGGAUCACCACCAGACUUCCACUUCAAUAGUGGGUCACCUUCAGCCAACACAACUACAGAUCUAGCAACGCCUAGUCCGCAGAGUCUGAACACCCCUAAAAUAUGUCAAUGAAUUUUACUUUCUGCUUGUAAAAUUUGUCUGCCUGGUAUUAUUUAUAGAUUGUGAUCUUAGCUGCUAUACAUUUAACAAAUAUUGUUUUAUAUGUAAACAUACACACAAAUGUAAUGGCAUCUGGAAUAAGCGAUUAUAUUCAGCCAGCUACAAUGUUUACUGGAACAGCUGAGUGUUCUAGGACUGUUAUUGAAACUGUGUUACUUCUGUGCUUUUAAAUGUGCAUUUAAUGUUGUAAUCUAGUUUUGGUAUUGGAUACGGUCAUAGAAAGUGUAAAUAAAAAUAAUUGUAUAAAAAGAAACUCAUACUUCUGGAAGUAACAGAGCUACUACUUGCACAUAUGUAUUUAUGAAAGCUGUUGUAUGACAAUAGCAUGUACAAUUACAUGGGUGAAAACAUGGAUGUUUUUGUAUAAUACAUAUCUUGUUCAUGCGCUUUCACUAAAAUGAAAUUUUGUACACACAUUACUUUUUUAUUUUCAUAAAAUUCUAAUUGGCACAAACUUUUAGCAUUAAUUUCUUCAGUAUAUUGUUAUCCUUCCUUAGAGAAUUAAGUGAAAAUAAUCCGAAGUUUCUAGACCUCUUCUUGUAAUGGAGACUUACACUGUAGCAAAAAUCAUUCAUCAUACUAUGUGUGAGUGUGAAGUAGACAGUAUUCUUUUGUGUUUCAUUGGCCCAGACUGUUAACUUUCCAAAAAAUAUGAGGUACAUUAGGCUUCAUUUAGCCUUCUUUUCUGUGUUUCAUUUUUAAAUGACUGAAGUCUUGUUCAGCAAAGUCAUGAGCAAGGUAUGUCAUCAUUUCAUUCUUCUUACAAGUGACAGUAUCAAGCUGUAGUACUUGUUAUUAACAGGUUCUUAGAAGCUGCUUAUAUGAAUAAUGGGGUCAUAUGAAAUAAGAAUACAUUGUUAUUUGUUAAAUAUUAAGUAAUCUCCUUAUUGUACCUAAAUAUAUGUAAUAUAAUUUCCUGUAUUUGUUUAAUAUAUUUGUAAAAGUAUUUACUAUGUGUUGGGGGGGGGGGGGGGGGCAGCUGCAAUGGAAGUGAGGUCUGUGUCUGUCUGUCUGUGUGUGUGUGUGUGUGUGUGUGUGUGUGUGUGUGUUUUGCUGCAGCUGGUAUGACAGACAGUUUACUGAACACUUGAGAGCAACAAAGUAAGAUACACUAAGAAACUAACAUAGUUUCUUUCAUAUUGAUGAGUUUCAUGCAUUAUGUAGCAAGGUAAUGCAACAUGAUGUGCUGCGUCAACGUUUAUGUAGAAUUGCAUUGGCGGUUAAUUUCCACUCAUUACAUGGAAUCUGAUAAAACAUUUUGUUUUUAUAAUUUGUAACAAAAGUUAUUUUGUAUCAUGGUAUAAAUAUGUUUCACAGAUUUCAUUUAGGACUUGCUUCAUAGUUCAUUUAAGUAACAACAAAUAGUAUCUUAACUCAUAAGCUUUGAAUGUCUCAGGAUCUGAACAUACAUUGAUAUACUGUAUAAAAUCAGCUGUAUAGGGACUAAAUACUGCUCAGUCAAACAAAAAGCAUGAAAGCUAACCAACCCCUCAGAUUAAUGACAAGUGGCACAUGAACAACUUUAAUAGGUCAGAAAACUGCAUAAGCUUUUGAUCCUUCACCCUUCUUAUCUCUCUCUCUCACACACACACACACACACACACACACACACACACACACACACACAGAUCACAUCACACCACACUUUGAAGCUCACAUGGCUGCAGAGUUGUAAAUUUGUGUUUCUCUCUGUUUGAACUAGUAUGUGAAGAGCACAUUGUUAUUAGAAACAGUACAAAAGCUUGUCGUGUUUUCCUCCAGUUAAUAAGAAUGUGUGGGCCACUUUCCAUUCAUCUACAGGUUAGUGGUUGCCUUUCCUCCUUUUUUUCCUGGAAUUUUCAGAUUCAUAAUUUGCUGUUAAUAUUUGCAAAGAGCCAAAAAGUAAAUUUUAUUUUAGCUGCUUAGUGAUUAUUGCUUGAAAGUCUGUUGAUAACAUAAUACUUAAUUUGAUGUUUCAAUUGCGACUUAAAUCUUAUCCAUUACGGUAGGAAUGACCAUGACUGUUGUAAUUCAGAUGAAUAUAAGUAAGGAUUCUGCAUUCAGGCACAAAAAACUUAAUUUAAAUUAUUCUUUAGCAUCCUUAAGUGUUGUCCUUUUUUACAAAAUUAUGCCAUACCAUGUUCUAUUUUUGGAGUUGUUUGGUGUUGCUACACUGGUAAUAAAUGCCUCUAUCCAUUA